AAUAGUCUACUGUAUUUGAACAUUUCUCUGCUUAGUGCUUAGCUUAAGAGGCUUUAGAAACUGAGACUUGAGCAUAAUGAAGCUAGCUCCCCUCUUCAUCAAUUUCUAGCUUGUACUGUAAGGUAUGUCAUAAAAUAUUGCACACAACUCAAAAUUGUCUGUCUUAACAAACAAUCCACGUACAUCUUGCCACAAAAAAAUAAACAUUGCUCAUUAUAGAUUAUAGCAUUGUAUUAGCAAUCAAUUAUAAUGGCAGCCCAAAAUGGUCGUACUAAUUCUAAUUUAAUCGUGAAUUAUUUGCCCCAAACGUUUAGUGAUCGAGAUUUGUACAGAAUGUUUUCAAGCAUUGGACCAGUCAAAAGUUGUAGGGUCAUGAAAGAUUUCAAGACUGGCUACAGUUUUGGAUAUGGAUUCGUAAACUACACAAAACCAGAAGAUGCUGAACAGGCUAUUAAGCAACUUAAUGGUACAGAGAUAUUUAAUAAGAGAAUUAAAGUUUCUCAUGCGAGACCUUCUAAUAAUGAAAUCAAGGAUACAAACCUGUAUAUCAUGAACCUUCCAAGACACUAUACCGAUGCAGACCUGGAAGCACUCUUCAGUAAAUAUGGAUCAAUUGUACAAAAGAAUCUUUUGUUUGAUAAAAUCACUGGUUUGCCUCGAGGAGUCGCCUUUGUUAGAUACAGCCGAAGAGAGGAAGCCCAGGAAGCUAUCAAACACUUGGACGGACAGAUUCCUGAGGGUGGUUGUGAUCGCUUGACCAUCAAAGUUGCUGAGGAACACGGCAAACAGAAAGCAGCUUACCUUGCUGGAUUUCAUGCAGGUUACGCACGAAGCCGAGAAAUUACAAGUUUGGUAGACGGUCUCCACCAGGUAAUGUUCGGAGAAAAUUGGCUACAAAUUCAAGAAAUGAAUAAAAAAAUUAAUGAAUCCCUAAAAAAUAAACGAGGAAAGAAACGAGCAAUUUGUUAACAUUUUGUCAUUCACCUCACCAUAAAAUUUAUGUCAGUUUAAGAUAAGGAUACCUAUAGUCGUAUUUUUGCUCAAGAGCAUAGCCUAAAAUAAAGUUUUAAGAAGAUGUAGUUAUAGGCUACAGAUGUAGGAUAAGUGAUCGUGUGAACUUAACAUGAUGAUAAUCUUCGAUACAAACAAGCAAAUUAACUAAGGGUAGCUUAAAAUUUUUAAUGAGGAUGGACUGUGUUGGAUUAGGCCCUAUAUCGUUUUAUGUAUCAGUAAACAAACUAUUUACUACUUUGAAGUUGUAGGCUAAUGGAGAAAUGUUUUCUAGAUAGAUGUUAGAUUAAUUUGUCCUAACACCUAUUUACAGGUUUUGUUCAAAACAUUUUUCUUUACUAGAUUAUUUUUGUUUUAUGAAUAGGCCUAACAGUUUUUGUUGUGUAUGUGAAGAUAAUUUUUUUAAAGGUGUUUAGUUGAUAUUUUAGGUUUAAAAACCCUCGCCCACACAAUGUAGGCAUACUAUUUUCAGAUUUAAUGGUUUCAUUGGUUUGUAUUAAUUUUUACUUUUUGUAAUGUGCAAGUGCACUUUUUUGUGUGUUUUUUGUUAGUCUUUGUUACCUAAAAAAGAUGUGUUUUACAAGAAUAGCCUAGCUAUAAUUUUUUGGGUUUUAUCUUCCGUUAUCUUCACUAAUUUUUUGCUUAUUGUAUAGGUGGUACAUGGUACCUACCAUAUAAAAAGGAAUUAAUAUUAUUUUUGUGUUUUGAUUCUCAUUACUGGUAACAAAAAUUUUUUGUUGGAGAGUUAUUCUUAGCUACAUUUUAAGUACAAAAUUGUUAACAAUUUCUUGUGUUUUUAAAACAAAAUUAAAUUGUUUCUUGUC